GUCCGGGGCUGUAGGGGGCGUGGGCGAGAGAGAGGCGAGCGCUCGGAUGCCUGCGAGGCGCAGGCCCGGGGCCGCUCGCUUUCGGUUUCACCUUCGCUCCGGGAGCCGCGGCCGCCGCCCGAGGCUUGCGGUCCUGUCGCCAUGAGGCUGCGCGUGCGGCUCCAGAAGCGGACCCGGCCGCUGGAGGUGCCGGAGACGGAGCCGACGCUCGGGCAGCUGCGCGCGCACCUCCGCCGGGCUCUGCUGCCCGAGUGGGGGUUCAGCUCUGAUACCCGAUUUGCAAUUACAUUGAACAACAAGGAUGCCCUCACUGGAGAUGAAGAGACCUUGGCUUCAUAUGGGAUUGUUUCUGGGGACUUGAUUUGUUUGGUUCUUGAAGAUGACUUCCCUUCAUCUACAGAUUCAGAGCGUUCCUCACUCCAGAGUAAUGACCAACCUUCUUUGGCUGCCAGCUCUCCUCAGGCUAGCAUCCCUGAUGAACAGUGGAGCGAUUCUUCCCAAGGACAGGCCACCCGAUCUGAUGCCUGGAGUGAUGACAGUAUGGAAGGGCCUAGUCAAAAUGUUGAAGCUGGGUCAAUUCUGGAUGCCAUGGGUAUGGAAGAGGAUUCUGGUUGCUGUCCAUUGGAGCCAAUGCUCUGCAGCGAAACAGAGGAUGGGCAGGUGCCACAUUCCCUGGAGAUGCUGUAUCAGUCAGCUGGCUGCUCCAGCAUCAGUGAUGCCUUGAUAGUGCUGGUGCAUCUCCUCAUGCUUGAGUCAGGCUACAUACCUCAGGGGACUGAAGCCAAAGCAGUGUCAAUGCCUGAGAAGUGGAAGUCGAGUGGCGUGUACAGGCUGCUCUACACACACCCUCUCUGCGAGGGGGGCACCGCUGCGCUCACCUGUGUGCCUUUGGAAAACCUCAUCAUUGUAAAUGCUACAGUAAAAAUCGACGGUGGGAUUAAAAAUGUGAAGUCAGUGCAGCUGCAGCCAAGGUCCUACAUUUGUGGAGUGGAACCAGGGGAAAGUGCAGCGAAAGCAUACAAAGAUCUUAAGAAGCUCUCUCGCCUCUUCAAAGACCAGCUGGUGUACCCUCUUCUGGCUUUCACACGGCAAGUACUGAACCUUCCAGAUGUAUUUGGGCUAGUUGUCCUUCCGUUGGAGCUGAAACUACGCAUCUUCCGACUUUUGGAUGUUCAUUCUGUCCUGGCUUUGUCUGCAGUCUGUCAUGACCUCCUCAUUGCAUCCAGUGACCCACUGCUGUGGCGGUGUUUGUAUCUUCGGGAUUUUCAAGAUGGUACCGUCAGAGGCCCAGAUACAGAUUGGAAAAAACUGUAUAGAAAGAGGCACAUACAAAGAAAAGAGGCCCAGAGGAUGCGGCAUGCCAUGUUCCUGACAUCACCACCCCACUCAAUCCCAUUUCGUCCCAUUCCUGUCUACACCAGGGCCUCUUUGCUUACCUCAAUGCUUCCUCCAGGGAUCAUUGGUGGUGAAUAUGAUGCGAGACCGUUGCUGCCCAAUGUUGGGGACCCAGCCAGCCCACUCAUCAUCCCAAGGCCAGGGGAGACACCGCCGCUCAGACCACGUUUUGAUCCUAUGGGUCCACUCCCAGGACCUAACCCCCUCUUACCAGGAAGAGGUGGCCCCAACAACAGAUUUCCUUUCAGACCUGGCCUGGGUCGACCAGCUGACAGCCGGCUACCAUUCAUGUGACCAAGUUGGAGGCUUUAUUGAAACCACAGUUGCUCUUUUCUUGGACGCUCAUCUCUGCUGUCAAGUUUCUGGCUGUGGCAGUUGAAACUGGGCACCAAGGACAAUGCUACUCAAAGCUGGGUUGACUUUGGGAAUGCCGACUGCUGUCUCUGCCCUGGAUUCACCUCUGGGACGGAGCUUGUGGUACUGAUGGUAUUCUGUGCUAUGUUAAUAAAGUAGAAGUUACAUGGUG